AUGUCGUCAGAUGAAGAUGCCGAAAUGGAAAUGCUGAACGAGUUCAAUUUUGCUAACUCGCGCCCGCGAAGACAAACGAAGAAUCAACAGAUCUAUGGAGUCUUUGGAGAUGACGAUGAUGAUGAUGAAGGCCAGUUUACUUACAAUAGACAGAGCAGAGGGAGAAAGGGCAAAGUGGACUACACAUCUGGAGUUGCGUUCGUCUCGGGAGGCGUGAAAGAAGGCUCAGCCGGAAAGAAAUCAGAAGAAAAAGACGAUGAAAAAGAUUUGAAGGAGACGAUUGAAGACAUCAAAAGCUCAGAUGACGAGGACGAUGACCAAGAAGUUCUCGAUCCAAACGACGAAGAAUACGAAAAAGAGUACCUGGGGAAUAAACGGCCGCGAGAGCCGUCUGCAGAGCCAACUCCGACAUCGGAACCAGAACCAAAGCAGCCGCAAAAACUGCAGACGCGAAUAGACCCAACUAGUGGGUUGAAAGUCGGCGGAGCCACCUCUGCCAAGGGUGGAUACUCGAUGACAACGCUUUUUGGAAUGAAGGAGAAGAAAGACAAGGACUUCGGUAAAUUCGCGAAGAAGGGUUCUUUCGCUGAGCGAAUGAUGGCGAAGAUGGGUUAUAAAGAAGGCCGUGGUCUGGGAAAAUACGAUCAAGGAAUGAUCAAUCCUGUCGAAGCUGUCAACAGAAAAAAGGGAACUGGACUCGGUGCGGCUGGAACUGAGAGGACUAAACAAAGUUUACUGCAUUUUCCUACCGAAGAAAUAAAGAAAAAAGCGAUGGAGAAGCAGGAAAAGAAAGAAGCCAAAGGUCCGCAAUGGAAAAUCCGCCCUCAGCAGAAUCAGUCAUCAGGGAAGAAGAGAAAGCCGCAAUAUCAAUACAAGACAGUCGAUCAGCUGCUGAGUGGAAGUGGCUAUGCGAUGAGAGAUACAGAUUCUGAGGACGAGAUUCCGCAACAAAAGACAGCCGGAGUGAAAAUCAUCGACAUGACAGGAAAGAACCAGCGGAUAAUCACGGACACGCGGUACAUUCCCUCUCAAAAGGGAAAGAAAAGGUCGAAAUCAGAGGGAUCUUCGGACAGCUCUUCGGACAGUUCCUCGGAAGAAGAAGUCGAAAAAGUGUGGAGCUGCCCAGAACUCGAGUAUAACCUCAACGAGCUGGUAAAGAACACUGAAAGGGAGCUGCUGAAACGAGCGAGGGAGAAAACUCAACGAGAAGAACAUGUUCUUCACAGAAAUCACGAGAAAGACACAAUGAUGAAACAGAUAAAGCGAGAUACUGUUGCGAUGGUUCAAUUGACUAAAUGCAUCGAUAUUGUGAAGACAGAGAUUGCGGACCUAGAUGAAGCAAAGGAACUCAUAGCUUUACUGAAACUGGACCAUCACAAUAUCUGGAUUGAGUUCGACCUUCCAUCAUUCUACACGGUGAAAGUGACCAAUCUACUCUGUAUUCAUCUGAACAAUUGGGACCCUCUUGAAGAGCCGGAGCAAAUGGUGGAAACAGUGAAAUUCUGGGGUGGCAUCCUAGAAGAGCAUUAUUCCGAGAUUCUAUGGAAAGCGUGGCUUCCUCCGGUUCGUGCAGCGAUUCUCAAAUGGGACGCGCGAUUUCCCGUCAAAAUGUUGCACUUCAUCGCUGUUUGGAAACCUGAGAUCCCGGAAGCGAUUUGGUCGAACAUGGUUCUCCAGCUCAUCUUCCCAAAAAUCAACAACACCGUUCAAAACUGGAACCCUUACACUGAUCCUGUCCGUAUCGACACCUGGAUUACGCCAUGGAUUCCAAUCCUUGGCAAAUCGAACAUGUCUCUGAUGAUCACUCAGAUUCGCCAGAUGCUUAAGACUUCCCUAAACGAGUGGCAAGCUGGAGACAGCUCUGCGUUCAUCAUGAUCGAGCCGUGGAAAGCCGUCUGGUCUGGGGCAGAGUGGGAUCAAUUCGUCAUGCAAGCAGUUGUGCCCAAACUUGCGCAGUACCUGAAGAACCUAACGAUACCAACAGAUUCUGUUUCGCCAAAAACUCUUGAGCCCUUUCAAAACUGGGUCAAUCACGUGCCCAUGGGAGCGGUAAACAAAAUGCUCGUCGAUUUCUUCUUUCCAAAUAUGCUUCAAAUUGUCAGAGGAUGGGUCAGGUCUCCAACUUGUGUUUUGAAAAAUGUUGCCACUUGGUAUCGCCUCUGGUAUGAUCAGUUCGUGCCAGAACUCAAGAAAUCCUCUGUUGUCCGAGACUGCUUGACGAAGAUUCUGCAAGUGAUGGCCCAAGCCUGCGACGAUCAUGCGAAAAAGAUGCCUGAAAGUUACGUCCCGCCGCCUCCUCCUCCACCAAUGCCGGAUAGCAACUGGCAAGACGAUGAAGAUGAAGACGACGAUGAAAGCGCUUCCUCGACUAACGACUUUGAGUUUGGUCACAGAGGCUCAGAUGACGACGGGCCAGACGCUGAACUUGAGACCUUCAAGGAUUUGGUCUCUUACGGCGCGCAGAAAAGAAAUAUCGUUUUUAUGCCGAAGGGACGACAAGAGGAUGGAAACGAUCUAUUCACCCUGGGCAAGUUGACGCUAUAUGUGAAUCAGGGCGUCUGCUUCGUUUCCGACGGUGCUGGUGACUGGCUUCCUACUUCACUCAACACUAUUUAUGACAAAGCACUCUAG